UGACAGCAAGCUCAUCACAGCUCUCACCUCAAGCACAUCCCACCAGCUCUAUUUUUCUCUCCAUCCUUCAGUCACCAUGGGCCGCCAUUUCCCCGACAUCAACCGUGUUCCAGCCGGUGAGCCCAACAUCAACGAUGCGCCUCGCAAGGUUUACAUCGCCUCCCGCUUCGUCGGCGGCAAGCUCGGUGCUUGGACUGUGGGACUCAUUGCCGACAUCAUCAGCAGCGGCCACUAUCUUGGUUCGAUGCCCAGCCCCAACUACCACUGGUGUGUGCUAGUUGGUGACUACUACCAUCAGCUUCAAGCCACCAAGCAGGACGGCAAGCACUGGAACUGGUACGACAACAACGUCAAGGACUGGACCGACAAGUGGGAGCUGUAUGAGGUUGGCGAGACCAGGUUCAACGACAAUGCCAUUGCUUCGGCUGGUAUCGAAGCCAUCCAGGACAUGGACGAGGUGUACAAGCUGGUUGACAACAAUUGCCAAAAGUUCACGCUCAAGCUUCUCGACCUCAUCUGCGCCGAUGGCCGUAGAAAGGUGUACACCAGCUACUCUCGUCACAAGCUCAAGGCCGGCUUCAUCCCUGGCGAGCUGCUUGAUGAGAGUAACCCAGGAGAGAAGGUCGAGGUUGAGGUGGCCUUUGUUGAGGACGGUGUGGCACAUAUCGAGCUCUUGGACAAGGCCUUUGAGCUCAUGGACGAGAAUACGCCAACGCUCGCCGAAGAGGAAAUAUUCAAGGAGAUUUGAAAGGAGAAGGACGCCGAGAAGAAAUAGAGGUAGUAAUGAGGAAGACCGAGUGGGUCGAAGACACCCAGAAAAGGACAGAAUGGUGCAGUAGGUACUAGACGUAGUAGGCAUGUAAUAAUGAAUGAAUCAAAGUGACAG